AUGUCGUAUGUCACUAGCGCGAAAUUUAAAGUAGGGGAGGACCGAUGGGUAUGGAACGCAGCUGAUAGAGGAGAAUUCUCAGUGGAAAAUGUCAGAAAACAGAUAAACAAGCAGGACGGCGUCGGAAUUGAGGAAGAAUGGAAACAUUGGAAGCAUUGGGUGCCGCCAAAGAUAAAUUACUUCACAUGGAGAACUACGCUUGACAAGAUUCCGGUGAAGCAAGAGCUGAUUAGGAGAGGCAUACCAGUAAGUUAUCCACUCUGUUCCAGAUGUGAAGUACGAGAAGAAUCGGCUGGCCAUUUAAUUUGUGAAUGCACCAUGUCAAAAUCAAUAUGGAGGUACGUACUUGUAUGGCUAAAACUACCAUUGUCCAAUGAAUUUCGUUCUUGCAAUGAGGCUUUAGAGUUUGUGAAAGGUUUAACAGGAUCUGAAGAAUGGAAGAAAGUUCUAAAUGUGGUAUUCCAAACGACUAUGUGGAAUAUAUGGAAGUCAAGAAAUGAAAAGGAAUUCGACGGCUAUACCCACACCGAGAACAACAUAGUGGAGGCAAUAAUGUCGGAUAACUUUAUCUGGCUAAAGAGUAGAUUAAAACUUCAAGAUAUUGUAUGGGAGAGAUGGGUGGAUUUCAAUAUAAGAGACAUAGUGAGAUAA